GAUGGGGAUUUCUGAUCGUGACUUUGGGGAGUUCUGGAUGGAUUUCCAGGACUUCUGCUGCUACUUCACAGACGUUGUGGUGUGCCGGCUGGUGCAAAGGACUCUGCUGCGGCCGAGCUCACACUGGAGAGAGACGCAGAUCUAUGGGGAGUGGAGUCCAGCUCCAGCUGACCCCACCGCAGCACCUCUUUCAUCAGGGAAGCACAGCAGCACCGCUCUGACCCUGAGUAAGAGCAAUGUCAGGCUCGAAGGGACAAAACGGAGAGGGACCAAGGUCAAGGAGGGCAAUCAGGAAGGAAGGGAAAGGGGAGAAGCUGCUGAGGAGAUGAACAGGAGCGGUCAAUGUGGGCGAUGUAUCAACCACAGGGACACCUUUCUGCACAAUCCCCAGUUCAUGUUUGAGGUGCAAAGCAAAGAGGAAGAGGUGCUGAUCUGUCUGCAGCAGGAGGAUCGAAGGGUCCCGAAGAAAAACGGAGGAGAAAACCUUCCAAUUGGUUUUGAGGUACUGAAGGUGGGUAGACACCCUGAAUAAAACAUGAACUUUUCUCACUUCUUUAAACUUUGUUCUCUGUACAACCAUCUCAUCCCGUUAAGGUGGAGGCGAACCGCUGAAGGCGGGUGCGGCGCUUUGUGGAGCAGAUGUCCAGCUCCAUCUAUAUGUGACUCUGAGAGGCUCUGUGGGACCUGAGGAGUUUUCCAAACUACAUUUCAUGUUAGGGUGCUGAAAUGCCAUGCAUAAAAAUGGAGAUAAAGGCAACGCCCUAAGGAAACUGCAUCACGGAGGGCUCCUUGGCAGCCGAAAGAAUGCGCCUAUUGGCAGGGUUCUUUGGCACGCAUGGCCUCAGUCAACCGUUCCCCUGUCCACCUCUCCCCCCAAGUUCCAAAAUGUAUGUGAUGG